AUGUCGCGCACUCCAAGCCCCAAAAAAGUAAUGGCGCGGACUCCAGGUCAGCAGCAAGGAAGGACGCGAACGACAGGGACCGGCAAGCUACCUAAGCAGUUUAAAAGAGUGGCGGUUUCGUUUCGUCAUAAGCUCGAUGUGAUCGAGUUCUAUGACGCAGUUAUCUCGAAGGAGAAAAUGCACGCUAUUAUCAGCUACUUCUAUCCUUCACUCGCAGCAGACAAAGUUAAAGCGAAGAAAAGACACGUAUACAACUGGCUUAACCAGCGCGCACUUGUUAUCGAUAAGUGUGAACUGGCUGUGGGUCUCAUUACAAGGACAGAAAAUUCGGGAUGUCAGCAACGCUGUCGCCAGAAUUUAAAAAAAAGCUGCUUUACGAGAGGUAACCGACGCUGA